CUGCGUUCUUAGCAACUUUUGUAAACAAAUGUUACAAGAACACAAAAUCAACAAAUAAACAGAAGGAAAAAUAAUAUGCUGGGAUGAAAGAAAUUUAAAGAAAUAAUCAAAUUGCUAAAGUAUUAUUAAAACAACCACAAUGAAAGACUCUUUUACAAAGUUUCUUGAGGUUUUAGACACUCUUGAAGCACAAAUGAAAUUUCUUGAAGGUAUCGAAAAAGCUAGACAGAAAAAGAGGGAAAGGGAGCUGAGACUUUGUCAGAGAGCUGUUAGUCUCCGAAUCCGGAAUCUGAAUAAUGUUGACGACUUUUUGAAAUGGUUUGGUACAAAAGACUGGCCACUCAUGUUUGAGGAGAAAAGUCCCAAACCAAAAGCAAUCACUGAAGAAGUACUCAAAAAUGCAUUAAUAAGUGCAAUCCCUAAUUUGGAUGACCAAUUUGACGGGAUUAAAGAAAAAAUUAAUGCCAUUGAAUAUGAUAUAGAGGAUAAUCUCAGUUUUCUGAAAGAAAAUAUGCCUAAGAAAGUGUCAAUUACCAAUAUUGUCAAUAAAGCCCAUUCAACUCAAGCAAAGAAGGCUCAAAAGAAAAAGGAAAGCAUCAAAGAUCCUCUGGAUUUGAAUAAAGCAUCAACACAGGAAACAUUUGACUCUUUUGAUUUUGUUGGACUCCCUGGAUCUUUAGAUACAAUGACAAUUUUGAAGAAAGUCUUUGAUUCUUUGCACAUGAAGAACAAGACACGUGCUGUAUUUGAAGCCGUUUUUUUGUCAGAGAACACCAAAGUCCUUGUUGAGAGUAUCUUUUGGUGGAUAUAUUUAGACUUAUUAGAGCCUACCAAGCAUCAAAGCAAAGAACUGCUAUUUUCACGCAUGGCUGAAAAAUAUGUUGCAAUGCUAAUGUCCAUCCCAACUGGUUAUAGUGAUGUCAUUCUUGAUAAAAUUCCCAAAGCUCUCUCUCAAGCCACUUAUGUGGCCUUUUUUGAUGGCUUACGGACACACCACAAGUAUUUCGAUGACAACUUUAAACAGUAUAUAUUUUCUUAUAUUACUAAAUGGACCACUGGAGUCACACCCCAGCCAGGAGCUGCUAAUAAAGAACGAGAUAAGAUGGCUGAGCUGACUGGAGAGAGAACUGAGACUAUUGCUGAGAUGCUGACUAACUCAAUUUUGUCUAACAAACCUGUUAAGCUAGACAUAACCAUGCAAGAUUUAGAGGAUCAACAAAAAUAUCAGGAGAACAAAACUCUAUUCAAGGUGUCUUCAGUGAAAGAGGGCCAUAAAGCAUCUGUGACAAAAGAUACUCCAAAACAGAAGGAAACUCGUGAGCCAGAAGUGGCAGUUGAUGACCUGCGCCUGAAGAAGGUGAAGUUUGAUUUAUACAGCCAAUGUCCAUUGGUCAAAUACUGUAUGUACAACAAGAAGAUGUCAGCAAUUUAUUCGAUACCAUCCAAUCAAAUUAUUCAACGCCUUCAAAGAACUGAGAAGACUCCAGAGAAAAUAUUUUUGAACAAAAUAAAAUUAUAGAGUUCUUUUAUUCCCAGAGAAACUAUGAUGAUGUUAAUAAGAAUAGGCUGAAAAUUUGAAGAUCAGAAUGGCGAUUGCAGAACUAAUAGACAAGCACUGACUUUGGCCAGUGAUGUGAAUAAUAUAUGAGAUGACCUGGCCUAAAAAUAAUACUCUUUUUAUGUAAAGUGUGGCCAAAUAAUCACAUCUUGUUUCCUACCACUUCUUUUCUUCCUUCUUCGACCAGAUUCAUCAUCAUCAUCAUCAUUGCCUUCAUUUUUACCUCUGUUCUUCCAUACUUGCAUAGGUAACACUGUAGAUGAAAUAGCAAUCCUUUUCUGACUUGUCAGCCAACACUGCUGAUGCUGUAAAAAUAGAACAUAAACUCCCAAAAGAUAAAACGAGAGUUUAUAUCCAUAUUUUUGGUUGACUUUUGAUAAUGUAGCAAGUGAUGAUAGUGGUUGCAGAAAAAGCAUUGACAACAGCCAACUUAUACAAGUGUUAAAGUUUUUAACUACAUAUACACAGGUUUACACUCAGAGUGGUACGACCCACUCAAGCCAUUUUCACAACUUUCAUUCACCUUUUAAUAAAUUUACUCGAGGACAACACCUCCCUCUCCACCCUUUCCUUUUCAAGUAAAACUUGAAACAGUUGAUGUCAGCUCUACCAUAGGGGAAUGUCUCUGUCAUCAUUCCUUUCAGCCUUGUCCACCAGAAAAUCUCUUUUGCCACAACCGCUGGAGGGCAGCAGGGCAAUCAUCACUAUAAACUCAGCUGACAGAAGGGUCUGUCCCACAUGUGACAACAGCUGUUCAACAUAACUCCACAAGCCAUCGAUGCCCAGAUACUGAAUGAAGGCAUGCAGAAUUGUUUUGUUACUCUACGUGCACCUUGGUCAAGCCUGUCUGACAGCACAUCUGAGCCGAUGGAGUUUAUCCUGAACUGGUAGUACUUCCUGGCCAAAGACGUCUGAAAAUUAUCUAUAGUAGUCCCUGACCAAAAAGUUCACUGGAACAGACUAGACUGUUUAUUUUCAUCAACACCCAGGGUCUCCCCAAGGAUGCUGCACUUCCCUGCCACUAAUCCUCUAUAUGCAGCUAAAGUGGAAGAUCCACUGAUCCUAUUGCCUGAGUGCCUGGUGACAUUCUAGGUGCCAGACACCCAGUCUCAGUCAAUCCUUCACCUAAGACUGCAGCUCUGUCUAAGACUUGAGCUGCAGAAAAAUGUGUCUCCCAAAUGGAGCCCAUAUAUGCUCAGCAUCAAGAAAUCUUUGCAGGUGGUGCAACCUGAGCACAUGUCUGCACAUCAGAAGCCAUGGCAUGCCUAAGCCACCAUGCAACAGGUGCUGACAGUAGAUUGACUGCCUGACCAGUGGAAUGUAUUCAUUCCACAAGAAAAUAAACAGGAAAUGCUCCAACCUAAUCAAACAAUAAUAGGGACAAGGCACAAUGAUCAGGCAAUAAAUGAUGAUGGGGACAAUGUAGGCAUUCACCACCUUUGCCCAUUUCUGAGUAAGACUGGCCAUCCUAUUCAUCCCAGUUCUUAUCCACCUGGAGGUUGGGACCAAACCCAACCCCAGAUAGUUUAACUGGUUUGUCAGUCCAAUGUCUGACAACACCAUCUGAUGGCAUCGAUCUGCCUCUCUAGGUGCUCCUUCACAAGCUCACUAACUUGUCAGCAUUGAUUUUGACCCCUGCAACCGACUCAUACUCCUUUGCAAUGAAGCUGACCAUCUCCACUUUGGAAGCAUCCGACACAAUGAUGGUGACAUCUUCUGCAUACACUGACACUGCCCUCUUGAGUCCCAGUUCAAAAGGGAUGUCCCUCAACUGUUCCAGCUUCCACAACAUUGACUUGAGAGCCAGCAAAUACAGAAAAGGUGGCAGUGGGCAGUCCUGAUGGACCGAACAUGCAAUGCAAAAUGGUUCCGAUAGGUGGCUGUUUACUUUGAUCACUGAAGUGCUGUUGAAGUGCCACUCACAUCUACUAAGGCUCAAGUACCAUGCAACCAUUUUGGCUCACCAAAGACUGAAUUGUGGCUUUGUUGUCACAGUGGGCCUCUGCUAUUGUGGCCCAUCAAGCGGCUUUUGCUCUCUCAUUUUCUUGAGCAUGCUCUGACAAUGCAUCCUUCAUGCUUCGCAUUGAAGAAUUGGUCCAGCAAUGAAGAAUCACCACCAGCACAUUGGUUGCAAUACCUUUCCUAAGUACCGCUUCUAAGUUUCCAAGUUUCACUCUAUUUUAUUCCUUUCUAUCACUAAUGUCUUACUAAACCUUAUCAAUUUUACUCUAAUUGCUCUUUUCAGGGCAAACACACCAUUUGUUGUUGACAACUGAGCCACCAAUGCCAACUUAACUAAUUUGUUAAUUUGGUCCCUAUAAGUUUGGCACAUCAGGAAUGAUGUGUUCAGCUUCCAGUACCCAGAUCCCCCACAAUGAAGUCUAAGUUGACUGUGCAGAUCCCAAAUUUGUGGUCUGUGUAGCUGUUAAUUUUAAAAAGUGGACAACUUAUACAAUCCUUAUCAAUUGGCCUGCAAAAUAUUCUAUCUAGAUAUGACCUGUGGUUUGUCCAUGUCUACACCAGUACAUUUGGAAAACCCCAGUCAGUACUGCUCAGAUGACUGAAAGUGUCUGAGCAGGUUUGCAAGGCUUUUGCACACUCCCUCUUCUAACAGCUAGCUCCACACAGUCCAAAUGUGUAUCCAAGAUGGAACUAAAUAGCAUAGAUUAAAUUUGCUUGACAUCCAUUUUUGUCCAUCCCACAGGUCAUCACAGUGUUUGUUCUUAUUUGGAUUUAUUGCCCUCUUAGAUAAGUUGGAGGACUAUGAAUUUUAUGUGAUUAAUUUUACCUUGGUUUCCUUAGCUGAAUACUCUUCCUAUACCAACCACUUUGCAGAGUGGAUUGUAUGUUUUAUCAUGGUGUCAGUACUAUAGAGUUUAUGAAACCAACAAGACGAAAGGGUCCUCUCAAUCCUAUGCUAUCUCUGUUUACCAUCCAGUUUAUAGAGUACUGGGUGCAUUUUAUCAUGGCAGCAGCACUGUUGGGGUUGCCUUCUGCCCUCUAAUACUAGGCCUUACUCUAUGCUAUAGUGUGUCUGUUCAUUCAGUGCAGUGUGAGCAGGAGACUGAAUUGCAGAUAGUGGUGACAGAAGAAAGUGGGAUAUGUACACCCUAGUUUUUCCUGUCAUCACUGAAGAGAACACUUGUAUGACAAGACUCAGAGACAUUGGGUUGAAGGAGUUGGAGAGGAUAAGGGAGAAUAUGUUGACAGCCACAACAUCCAAACCAACAUAUGCAAGGACAACCAUGCUUUUACUUAUUCUGAUGUGUCAUUUCAAGCACAGCGAACCACCAGGAGUCUCGGUUGCCUGUCAUCCACUCUGAGUCCCAAUGUCUGCAGAUCUUUUCUCACCACUUUGUCUCACAUCUUACUGGGCUUACCCCUUCCACAUGUCCCUUCUACAAUUAGGGAUUUGCACCUCUUGAUGCAGCUGUUUUAUAAAAGCAAAAAAAUGCGAAAUGUUUCUCUAAAUUAUUUUUUGUCUUCAGAUAUAUUCAUGAGACGUAUAAAAAACAUUUGUUUAAACGAAUUAAGUUUUCAGACUAUUGAGUAAUGAUAAUAUCCCAGAUGAAAAUCUUUAUUUUCAAAAUACAUAUUUAUAUUUACACAAUGUUUUGAUCAGUUCAGCCUGAUUGGCACCAAAUUUUAGUUCAAAUCAGACUGGGACAAAUGAAGAUAUUUGGAAAUAUGACACCUUAUGAUGAUUAAGACUAAUUGAAAUUAAACAAUGUGUCCUCUUUUUAAAGAUAAUACAGUAUGAUAUGAGGAAAAUAUGGUCACUGUUUCUAGUGGAUUAAGCCACUAUGUGGAAGCUUCCUCAUUGGCUUGAUGUCUAUAUAAUUAAAUCAACUCUAGAAUUUAACUGAUAAUUAAUCAACCCCACCUUAAAGUUAAGCUUAAUAAGAUUUGACAAAAUUAAUUACUGUAAGGAAUUAAUCUGAAAAUCAACCAUUUCUUUUGCUUCAUUAUCUUUUGCCAUCUGCAAUACUAUUUUCUGAACAUUGGGACAAGGCAACAUAUUUGCAGAAGGCUGUAGGAAAUUGAAAUCUUUGCUCCUAUUGGUGCAUAAUUGUUACUUAUUUUAUCAAAAACAAAGAAGUUCAUACUUAACAAGAUUUGGAAUGUGAA